AUGGUCGCCGCAGUUCAGCAUCCCCCCAUCCAGCGACGAAGGUCCAUUGACAACAGCGCUACAACCACAGCGCCGAAAUCGUCGAAAAUGUCGUCCGGGUUCGGAGCGUUGAUCCGCCGUGCUUCUCAGCGCGGAGGAACCGUCAUGAAUGAUGCCAGUCAGCAGUCGUCACUCGACGGUAGCAACAACAGUGGCAGUGGACGGAUUGUUCGCGGAUUCGUCAAAAGAGCCAAGUCACUGCGUGGUAGCAUGGAUACCAGCAGCAAUAGCCGAAACGGUCGCAGCAGCUCCCGCGACGAAGCCGAUGAUCAGGACGAUGGUCCUUCGGGCGUGGCGAGCUUCCUGUCGCAGAUCGAGCCACCGCAAGAGUCAGCAGCAGCAGCAGUGGAAACCUCCAAGCAGCCAGAACAAGCUCCCGAAGUGGAGAAACCCAAGCAAGGAGGUCUUCGUGGGCUUCUUCGGCGAGCAGCAUCGUACAGAAGUGAACGCAGUAUUGCUGCAGCUGAGAACAAGAAGGAGCAGCAACAGCAGCAACAACAAGCACAAUCACACGAGGCGGAACAAGAAGAGUUGGAACCAGUCUUGGUACUCACUGAUGGAAAUCACGGCAAGGUAGUGUUCCAGAACCUCGAUCCGGAUGUUGCCAUGAGCAUGAGUAUGAACAAGCUUGGUGGACCUACGCCAUCAUCUUCAACCUACAUGGAUCACAACAACGCGUCCAUGCCCGACUUGUGCGGACUCAGCGUCUCCACAAGCAGCCGUUCCACAACGUCAUCCUCGGAUUCACCCGUAACGGUAUCCAAGCCUCUUCAUACGGCUUCCACCCACACUGCACGGACCAGCGCCACGUCAAGGACCAGUUUGGCAUCUGCUGCGGACAAUGACUUUUACUUGGACGGCAGCAUGGAACAGCAGCAGCAGCAAAAUAAUCAACCGCAACCACCACAAGAGAAACAACAACAAAAGCAACCAGAGCCAGAACCCAAGGGAUUCACGGGGCGUCUUCGUACGUUAUUCAAGCGCACCAAGUCGGGAAGGACCGUCACGGAGGAACGUCCCGGAGAAGGGGCUCAUGUGUACGUACCUUCUCAGGACGUUGCUGCUGCCUCGCCGCUGCACGAGAUUUCCCUUCCGGUCUUGGACGAGACAGACAACGACCCAGCUACUGCUGUAGUAGAGGAAGAACACUCCGAAGAUCCAUCGGAGGAACACACGGAAGAGCAAGAUAUUGCCGACUCGAUGCAUGAUUCUCAGCACAGAGUCAUGGAAUCGCUUCUAGGAGUUGUCCAAGACUACGAAAUGCACGAAGAUCAAAGGUCAUAUUGCUCCACCGACGACGAUGAGGGCUACGAUGACUUUGACGAUGGCGAUUACGACGAUGAUGAUGAUUACUAUGGGGGCGACGAAUCGGGGGAGGACUUUGGCAUCUACGACGAAGAACCUCCAGCAGCAGCCGAUGGACAAGAAGCACUAGAGUCCUUCAUGGCAUCGUACUGCCCCCAAGAGCCCGCGUAUGGAGACAUUCAAGUAGAGCCCCAACCCGCACGCGUGUACGAUGAACUCGAGAUCUUUUACGAGGAAAUGACCUUUGAGCACGUCGGAGGAUCCAUGUUGCUGGGGGCCGCGAGCGAACUCUUGACCGUCCCCGAAUGUGACGGCGAAGACUUUAGUGAGAGUGAAGAACAAUUCGAAGACCAAGAACACGAGGUCGCUGCGCUUUGCGCCGGAAACUUGCUGCCCGUGAUGGAGGAAGACAUGGAUGAGAGCUACAGCAGCGGGGGUUCAGAAUUUAUAUAG